AAUCUCUUCCGGGGCGCUGAGCAAUACUUCCGGGAGUCUGCAGCUGAGGAUUGCAGCUGCUUGGGGCGAGGGGCUGUGCCAUCAGGACCAUGCUACUGCGAACUACUUGGAGGCGGGUGGCCGCGGCAAUGCCCGCCGCUCCCGGGCUGAGACCGGAGGCGCCCACUCGGGGUCUGCGCCUGCGCGUUGCAGACCAUGCUUCCCAGUCUGCUGUUUCCUCAGAUACAGCCACUGCUCCGGAGGUGGAGUCAAUGCUGCGACCUCUGUAUAUGGAUGUGCAAGCUACAACUCCUUUGGACCCUCGGGUGCUUGAUGCCAUGCUCCCUUACCUAGUCAACUACUAUGGGAACCCACACUCCCGGACACAUGCUUAUGGAUGGGAGAGUGAGUCAGCCAUGGAACAUGCUCGCCAGCAAGUAGCAUCCCUCAUUGGAGCUGAUCCCCGUGAGAUUGUUUUCACUAGUGGUGCUACUGAAUCCAACAACAUAGCAAUUAAGGGGGUGGCCAGGUUCUAUAGGUCACGGAAAAAGCACUUGAUCACCACCCAGACAGAACACAAAUGUGUCUUGGACUCUUGCCGUUCAUUGGAAGCUGAGGGCUUUCAGGUCACCUACCUCCCAGUGAAGAAAAGUGGGAUCAUCGACCUGAAGGAACUAGAGGCUGCCAUCCAACCCGAUACCAGCCUGGUCUCAGUCAUGACUGUGAACAAUGAGAUUGGAGUGAAGCAGCCCAUUGAGGAAAUAGGGCGGAUCUGCAGUUCCAGAAAGGUUUAUUUCCAUACGGAUGCAGCCCAGGCUGUUGGAAAAAUCCCACUUGAUGUCAACGACAUGAAAAUUGAUCUCAUGAGCAUCAGUGGUCACAAAAUCUAUGGUCCCAAAGGGGUUGGUGCCAUCUACAUUCGUCGCAGGCCCCGUGUGCGUGUGGAGGCCCUGCAGAGUGGAGGGGGGCAGGAGCGGGGUAUGCGGUCUGGGACAGUGCCCACACCCUUGGUGGUGGGGCUGGGGGCUGCGUGUGAGGUGGCACAGCAAGAGAUGGAGUAUGACCACAAGCGAAUAUCCAAGUUAGCAGAGAGGUUGACACAGAAGAUAAUGUCGAGCCUUCCAGAUGUGGUGAUGAAUGGGGACCAGGAGCAUCAUUACCCAGGCUGUAUCAACCUCUCCUUUGCAUAUGUGGAAGGGGAGAGUCUGUUGAUGGCACUCAAGGAUGUUGCCUUAUCUUCGGGGAGUGCCUGCACCUCCGCAUCCCUGGAGCCCUCUUACGUCCUUCGAGCAAUUGGCACCGAUGAGGAUUUAGCUCACUCUUCUAUCAGGUUUGGCAUUGGCCGUUUCACUACAGAGGAGGAGGUGGACUACACGGUGGAGAAGUGCAUUUACCACGUGAAGCGUCUUCGAGAAAUGAGCCCUCUCUGGGAGAUGGUGCAGGAUGGCGUUGACCUUAAGAGCAUCAAGUGGACCCAACACUAGAAGAGUGGGCCUCUGACUUUGUUCUGGCCUGGCUGCUUCUCCCUCAUCUGCUCAUGCACAGCCGGGGACCUUGUUAUACCCAGUGGGUGCUCCAUGUUCAAACCAGAAUUGGUAUAACCCAGUUGAUUUCAGCAUCAGCCCACCUCCAAGACAGAAACACAAGAAAACUAUGUUUCCCUGGCUUCACCUCCUUUGGUGGGGAACACUUCCCAUUUCUCUCCAGAAAACUGUCUCAGAUUUUAGAGUGAGUAGAUGUCUCACCCUGAAACUGGAGGGACAUUUGUUAUGAUAUAGCUGCUGGACAUGUCUGUAUCCUUGGUGGGGAGAUCCAAAGGAACUAAAAGAAGGCUCUUUGCUCAGGGAACCCAAUGCUGUACAUGGACAUUUGAGUUGACGCUUACUGCUGCUCAGCAAGACUGACUCCUUCAGGCACAAGCAUAAUCAACUAUGAUUUAAUCUUUUUUUGUGGCUCUAAAGACCACCUUUUCAUAUUGACUGUAGACUGAACAGAAACUUUUUAGAAGGCUUAUCUCCUUUCUGUUCUUGUCCUCCUUCCUUUCUUUUGACCUAGCGAGAAAUAUCUAUAUGACUCUACCCAUUAUUCUAAUAAUUUAUGUUUCUUUUUAAAAACUUGUUAAUUUGCAUAGUAGAGAAAUAAAAUCACCUUCCUCUAUGUAC